AUGUGUCUCAGACACCGGAAGAAUAAAUCCGCUCAAAGCUUCACGACAGGGAUUCUUGCCCAAAUCUCUCGUCACCAUUGCCUCAUGCUGGUCGAUGAACAAAUUAUCGAGGCGACAGACUGCCAUGAUGAGGCAAUAGCCUCAAAGAAUACACAUGCAUUUGAAGGCCACAUGAUUGAAGCAAUACCUAGAGAUAUUCCAUCUCGCCGUCCCGGUCCAUCUGCGUCCUUGACCUCAGUACGAAGUGACAGUAAGGAAAAGCGUGCGCCGCGAGGCGUAAAUUUCUUCCACGCCGUCUAUCACAGAAGUAAACAGAAAUCCUUCAAGUGA